AUGUCGGAGUUUUGGUUAAUUUCUGCCCCUGGCGAUAAGGAAAAUUUACAAGCUCUGGAGAGAAUGAAUACUGUAACCUCCAAGUCCAACCUCUCUUACAAUACCAAAUUUGCUAUUCCUGACUUCAAGGUGGGGACCUUGGAUUCCCUUGUUGGCCUCUCUGAUGAGCUGGGGAAACUUGAUACCUUUGCUGAAAGCGUCAUAAAGAGAAUGGCUCAGAGCGUGGUGCAAGUGAUGGAAGAUUCCAAGGGCAAAGUCCAGGAGAACCUUCUGGCCAAUGGAGGCUUGAAGGAAAAAAUGAAAUGCUCGAAGAUUGACUUAACAUCCUUUGUGACCCACUUUGAAUGGGACAUGGCCAAAUAUCCUGUAAAGCAGCCGCUGGUGAGCGUGGUGGACACACUAGCAAAGCAACUGGCACAGAUCGAGACAGACCUGAAGUCCCGGACGGCCACCUACAACACUCUGAAGACGAACCUGGAGAACCUGGAGAAGAAAUCCAUGGGGAACCUCUUCACUAGGACGCUGAGCAAUAUUGUGAGCAAGGAAGACUUUGUGCUGGAUUCUGAGUAUCUCAUCACACUUCUGGUGAUCGUUCCCAAACCAAGCUACACACAAUGGCAAAAAACCUACGAAUCCCUCUCAGACAUGGUGGUCCCUCGGUCAACCAAAUUGAUUACUGAGGACAACGAAGGCGGCCUCUUCACAGUAACUCUGUUCCGAAAAGUAAUUGAUGAUUUCAAAACCAAAGCCAAAGAAAACAAGUUUACAGUCCGUGAAUUUUAUUAUGAUGAAAAAGAAAUUAAAAGAGAAAGGGAAGAGAUGACCAGACUGCUGUCUGAUAAAAAGCAACAGUAUCAAACUUCCUGUGUUGCUCUUAAAAAGGGAUCAUCCACCUUCCCGGACCACAAGGUUAAGGUAACCCCGCUAGGUAACCCUGAUAGGGCCGCUGCGGGGCAGACCGACAGCGAGAGAGAGAGUGAGGGCGAGGGCCCCCUGCUGCGCUGGCUCAAGGUGAACUUCAGCGAAGCCUUUAUUGCCUGGAUCCACAUAAAGGCCCUGAGAGUGUUUGUGGAGUCUGUGCUCAGGUAUGGACUACCAGUGAACUUUCAGGCAGUGCUCCUACAACCUCAUAAGAAGUCAUCCACCAAACGUUUAAGAGAGGUUCUAAACUCUGUCUUCAGGCAUCUGGAUGAAGUAGCAGCUGCAAGUAUACUGGAUGCAUCUGUGGAGAUCCCUGGAUUGCAGCUAAACAACCAAGACUAUUUUCCUUAUGUCUACUUCCGCAUCGACCUUAGUCUUCUUGACUAGGGAGGUCAGCUGGCACCACUGAGUCUCAUAUUCACGCAGACUACUACAGACACUUCUUUCCCUAGGCCAGAGAAACAUCCUACAGAAUUUAUAGUUCCAGAGAAAUAGCUCACAAAAGUUAGUUAAGAGUUGUAUUUAUUUUUUUUUACCUUACAAUAAAAUGC